AUGGAUGAUUAUGUAAUUGAGUUUGAGAUUGACAGCACAGAUAUAACAGACUUGAAUCUACUGAGGAAUUAUUUGAACAUACAGAAUUUAACCUCAAUAAAUAGUGACACCAGUGCGGUGGACAUAAACAUCACUACAGUGUGCAUUUUGAGUGGUACUGAAUAUCAGUGCAGAUGUAAUGAUCAGUAUUUCUGGCCGUGUGAAAAGUGCACACAGUAUGGCUCUUGUAAUAACAUCGCUGAUUCUUUGUGUGGCUGCAUCAAUGCUGUUCCAAAUGAUGGACACUUCUGCCAGCCAAUCAGUGAGCUGACUGAUAAUUCUAAAUGUCCACCUAAACCAACAACAGGAACUACCACAUCUACUACCACACAAAACACCACUACAACCACCACAAUUGCAGUGAGCACAACAACUGCAACCAAAACCAACUCAACUCCAACUACUACAGACACCAGCCCAAGUGCUACAAUCUUAUCCACACCAUCUACAACCAACACGCCCUCACCAAUCACUACAACUACUGACACCCAUGUAUUAACCUUUACAUUUACAAUAAAUGAAGUUUUUGACACUCAACUCAAUGACAAAACCAGUACAAAAUACAAACAAUAUAAAGAGGCAAUUGAGAGUUCAAUUGAUUUAAGCUACAAAAGAGUAACUGGUUACAUGGCAGGCACUGCAAAAGUGACCAACUUCAGGUCUGGUAGUGUGUUGGCAGACUUUAGUAUUAGCACAACUAGUGUUAACCUGGAUUUGGUAUCAGCAAAUGAAAACGUUGCUAAUGAUCUCCGUACUCAGGGAUUUAAUGUGAGCAACAAUGCAUUCAGUCAAAGUGUGAAAGAUGGACUAUAUACAAGCAGCGGCAAUAUAUAUCCUGGGACGAAUCUCAAAUUGACCUGCAAUCCCCCAGUUAAUAAUGGCCUAACAUGGACUCUGAAUGGGGGCCCACUACCUCAGUCAGCCAAUAUCCUUGAGCUCAAUAAUGCUUCUCCAAGUAACACUGGCCAAUAUGCCUGCACAACAACAGUAAACUCAAUUCCAUAUGUGAUCUGGCAAAGCAUUAAUAUUGAGCCAUACCCCAUUAUCCAAGUGACCAGUGACAAACUUUUACAAUGUAAGGAUACCACAGUCCCACUGCAGUGCUGUGUUCAGUCAGUUUACCAAGUGAAAUGGGAUGCUUGCAACUCACCAUCGACAAACCCGGUGACAGGCUGCAUAUCAUGCGACUAUUCAGUUAAACAAACAGACUGCAUAAAUAAUGCAGUAGCACAGGUGACAUGCCAACUCCAAAAUCCCCUACCUGAAAGUACAAGUCAGAGUUACAACUCAAAGAGCAUCACCUUAAAUAUACUUAACAAAACAUUUGACUGCUUUGAUAAUGUAUUUGGAGCUGGAAAUCUGGGAGAUAAAAGCUCUGGUAACUGUAUUGGAGAGAUGGUUGGCUAUCAAGUAGCUCAGUGUAAUCCAUCAAACCUCUGGGAACCCAUAGAAAACUCCUGUGUUCUUCCCAUCUUUAAAAAUUUACAAGAUACAGCUAAGACUUUACAGCCAGACAAAAUCCCCCAAUUUAUGGUCAACCUCAGCACUAAUGCUUUAUUAGCAAGUGAAAACAUCACUGACUCUACAGCUACAAUAUUAACAAUUGUAGACAUACUAAACACUAUUUCCAAUCUCUCACAAACAAUUUUAAUAAGUCAACCUGUUAUGAAGAAUUUCCUAGAAACAACAGAUGUAAUUGGAUCAGAUGGUGCACAAAGCACAUGGGUGCUCAUAAACAGCAACAGUACAACAAAGAGUGUCAGUUCUGAACUUCUAAAAUCGACUGAGAGGAUUGCAACCAGACUAUCAGAUGGUAACUUCUCAAUACCAACAAACUUUAGUUCUCUCAACAAAACUUUCAUCACUGCCCCGUUUUCUGGAACAUUUGGACUAAAUUCAACAACCCAAAUAAAUAUUCCAGUGGCGAGUACACAGACAGCUCUCACAGUCAUCAUUUCUUUAGCUUUUAAUAAUAUCUUACCUGUUCGAAAUCUGACCUACGAUGAAAGCAAUCAAACUGGCACCAUCAUCAAUGGAGAUGUAGCUGUGAUUGAGACAAGCACAAAAAUUAAGAGCAUCUCCCUUUCUUUUGACGUCAAAAAUACGACGUUGGGAAACCCUCAGUGUGUCUUUUGGAACUUUAACCUUUUGAAUGGCAUUGGGGGAUGGGACUCGACUGGAUGUCUACUAAAGUCAUUACAGAAUGAAACUGAAAUAGUUACAUGUGAAUGCAACCACACAACAUCUUUUUCAAUUUUGAUGUCACCAUUUGCUCCGGAUAAAGACUUAGCCAUAAUCUUAGACUAUAUAACUUACAUCGGUGUUGCUAUUUCAUUGGGCUGCUUGGUUUUGUGUCUCCUAAUUGAAAUCAUUAUAUGGAAAUCAGUGACAAGAAAUGACACGUCCUACAUGCGGCAUGUCUCUAUAGUCAACAUUGCUCUCUCCUUACUGAUUGCGGACAUAUGCUUUAUCAUUGGAGCAGCGGUAGUUAACCGAGGCGAAGGUCCCUGCAGUACAGCAACAUUCUUCAUGCACUUCUUUUAUCUUGCCCUUUUCUUCUGGAUGUUGUUGUCAGCACUCUUGCUCCUCUACCGCACCCUUAUGGUCUUUUCCAGAAUGACCAGAGGUGCGAUGAUGGCCAUAGCCUUUAGUGUUGGCUAUGGAGCCCCAUUAAUCAUAGCCGUGGUUACUGUGGCAUCUACAGCUGGACAACAUGGAUACAUUCAAAAAAAUUACAAUUGUUGGCUAAACUGGAGUCAAACAAAGGCCCUCCUGGCAUUUGUGAUUCCUGCUCUAACUAUUGUAGCUAUAAACUUCCUGGUGCUUAUUGUGGUUCUGGUAAAGAUGUUGAGAAGAGGAGUUAAUGCUUCCACCCAGCAAGAUGAGAAACAUCCUCUAGUAGUCAUUGCUAGAUGUGUGGCGAUUCUAACACCUCUCUUUGGUCUAACAUGGGGAUUCGGCAUUGGAACCUUGGUAUCAUCGAACCGUGGAAUUCACAUAGUGUUUGCAUUCCUAAAUUCACUGCAGGGCUUCUUUAUUUUGGUCUUUGGAAUAUUACUGGAUAGUAAGGUCCGAGAAGCAUUGGCAGGAACGUUUUCACUGAGGAACUUCAUCUCUAAUCGCACCAGGAGUACAAGUGGGGGACCAUCAUCCUCUGGUGGAUUUCCUUUCUUUCAGAGACUACGGCAAAGAAAUGCAUACAACGUAUCGAGUGCUGGUGUUAUGUCUUCAAGCAACUCAGACACAGCUGGUCGCAGCCAAAGUAGUAUGCCCAUCUUACAAGGAUCUACUUAACUAUAUGAACAAGAAGAAAAACUUUUUAUUGGUUUACAUUGUUUAUCAUUAACCUAAAAGAAAAUAAUAAAGUAAAUAAAAAUCAAAUUGGCAAGUCACCAAAACAAUUUUAAUCCUUCCUGCUUCUAGUCUGUAUACCUGAAAGAUCCUUAAAAUGUGCAUCAUGCAGGAAGGGUAAUAUCAAAGGACAAAGGUUAAGAAAUUUUAUGUUCCACACUAUUACACACACACACACACACACACACACACACACACGCUUAUUGGGAAAAUGGUAUUAGCAAAAUGAUUUUUAAAACUUUGUGACUCUUUUUAUCUUCAUAAUAUAAGAAAUUCACUUUCUUUAUUGAGAUGUUUAAUUCCAUAUUGGCCCCCAAAACUUUUGUUUGGUAUCUGGUUUCACUGCUGAUUUACUAUGUGUGUUGACCUCCUUAAAACUUAAUUACAUUAAAGGCAACUGUAAUUUAUGUUGAUUAAUCACUUAACUACAACCAAACAAAAAAACAGUUUAUCUCCUUUAAAAUCUGUGUGCAUGCAGCAUGUGCCAGCUCCUUUUUCUUGACCAGUGUUGAGGGAUGUUACUUUUUAAAACAACUAAUUACAUUACAAAAUUACGGUCUUUAAAAAAAUAAUUCGUUAGUUAGGUACUUUUUGAUAAAAGUAACUAGUUAGAGUACUUUUUCAUUGAAAAAAAUAAAAACUCCUUUGUUAUUCCUCAUGCAUGUUGUUUUAGUCAAGACCUUUAUAAUUAUUCUACCAUCAUCACUCAGCGAAAUUUGGCUCAUAAUCUCUUAACUACUAAUAUCCCUAUCUUACCUAUGCAGUUUCGAGCGGUGGCCAGAAGUACGGUUCAUCAUGAUUCAAUGUCAGUUUUGGCGCUGUGAUUACAUUUCCAUCUUUUCAUGUGUUUGUCCUCGUGGAAGCUGGGGGACAUUGCAGAACUUUGCAUAACACCGGGUGGUCACUCGCACUGCUUCUCACCGCGAAUUAAACUGCAUAGGUAAGAUAGGGGUUUAACAACAGG